CUCUCCCCUCAUCUCGGUCUGGCACUUACCGUUUCGGACUCGGCCACUCGUCUCGCUCUGUGUCCACACAGUCUCAAGCGCAGUCGCCGCCUUCCUGCGCUCGCUUCGCCGGCGGCAGAACCCAACGGAACCAGCUUCCUCACCGUCACCGUCUCGCACCCAACUAGCGCGCCUUCCCCGCGAUUGUCGUCGCCGCGGCAGAAGCAGCAGGUCCCGGGGCCAGUCGUCGUCACUCUCGGUCUCGUCACCGUCUCGCACUCAGACGCACGCCUUCCCUGCGUUCCUUGUCGCCGGAAGCAGAGGCAUCAGGUCCUGGUGGGCUGAUGUUCGUUUGUCUUCUUGGUUCGAGCCUCGCCGUCAUCUUCCUUCGCGCAACUGAUUUGUGUUACUCCAGCAGCUCAGAAUCGCUGCACCAGCUCAGCUUCCUGCGCCACCACCUCUUGCCACCCACUUGGUUCUUCUCCUGAUUAAGGAAAUUGAAGGAAGAUGGAGUAUGUGAGCCCUGAAGGACUUCGCUUGGACGGUCGCCGCCCCAUGGAGAUGCGGCAAAUUCGAGCCGAGAUUGGUGCUGUUUCCAGAGCUGAUGGUUCUGCUAUUUUUGAGAUGGGUAAUACCAAAGUGGUUGCUGCUGUAUAUGGCCCCAGAGAGGUCCAAAAUAGGAGCCAGCAAAUGAGUGACCAGGCUCUGAUUCGAUGUGAGUACAGCAUGGCUAACUUCAGCACUGGAGAUCGCAAGAGGAAACCAAAGGGUGACAGGAGAUCAACUGAAAUUUCUAUGGUUAUUCGACAGACUAUGGAAGCAUGCAUAAUGACACAUUUAAUGCCUCGUUCCCAGAUAGAUAUUUAUGUCCAAGUUCUCCAAGCAGAUGGCGGAACUAGAUCUGCAUGUAUCAAUGCUGCAACUUUGGCCCUUUCUGAUGCUGGGAUCCCCAUGUGUGAUCUUGUAACUUCAUGUAGUGCUGGAUACCUUAAUAGCACCCCUUUGCUUGAUUUGAACUAUGUAGAAGACAGUGCUGGAGGUCCUGAUGUAACGGUCGGAAUUCUGCCAAAGUUGGAUAAAGUGACACUUCUUCAGAUGGAUUCUAAACUACCGAUUGACAUUUUGGAAAAUGUUAUGCAACUGGCAACUGAAGGCUGCAAAGCAGUUGCAAAUUACAUCCGUGAAAUUCUAUUGGAGAACACAAAGCAACUAGAGUAUCGACGGGGUGUAUAAUUCAGUGGCUGAAGUGAUGUGUCCUUUUUGCUAUCUACCUGGAAAUAUUUUGGCAUGUGGGUGGUCUGUGAAACAAGAAAUGCAGAGCUUGAUGUUCUUAUAAAUUCAUUUUGCCUUUGUACUUUCAGUGUUCUGUAUCAUUUUAGCAAAGUCUGAAUUAAAUGUUUGAUUUAUUGACUGAAACAAAAUAGAGAAUUAAGUUUCCCUGGAUUCUGAUUCUUAGGCUGUAAUCUUUCCAGCUGAAUUUGUCAAAACAAUUUUGAUGUUGCCAUUCA